AUGAAAUCGGUGCUGGAAGAGUUCGGAUUCGAAGUGUCUGCUAUGGCCACCUCUCCUAGUACGCCUGCUGCAACGGGGCAGCAAGACCCUGGGGCGGCGGAAACCGCAGAAGAUGAAUCCUGGCACACCUUCAACUUGGUUGCGUGGACUGCCUGCUCUGCUGCCUCCGGCCAGUCUGCGGCCGACUGGGAGCAGCGGGCCAAGGUUUAUCUCCAGAGUUGCAAGAAGUGUCAGCUGUCGAAGCGGAACGGAGAGACGCCUGCGGUCGAGGUGGAUAUGACUAGCGAGGCCGAGGGAGCGGCAAAAGCCUCCUCGAAACACCUUGUCAUCGCGGGGACUACCGGAGAGGUGAUUCUAGAGGGCAGACGGAGAGCAACGCUCGCGGUCCGCGGUAUGAUAUGUGCCGUCUGCGUCAAUGCCAUUACGGACGAGUUGGGCUGGCUGGAGGGGGUUCUGGACGCAGUGGUGAGCCUUGUGUCGAAUAGCGCGAUGGUUACGUUCGACGGCGGCAAUGCUUGGGUGCUGCAGAUUGUCGAGGCUAUUGAAGACUUGGGCUACGAGGCGACCGUGGAUAACGUCACCAACCUUGACGAGCAGGGAAUCGUCGCCACCGAGGAGCGCAUUGUCGAUAUCAAGCUAGACGGCAUCUACUGUCCUAAAUGUCCGUCCCGCGUGGCCCGCAGCCUAGCUGGAUUCCGGCGGCAGCUUGCCAUUGUCGUGCGCUACCUGCCCGAUGCGCCGGGCUUUACGGUAUGGCGCAUCAUCGAGGCCAUCGAGGCAAGCGACGAGGCUAUUAGAGCGUCUGUGUACUAUGCGCCGACCAUUGAGGAGCGCUCGCGGCAGAUUAGGCGCUGCUACCAGCGGCAGCUGCUGUACUGUGUGAUCUUAACAGCCGUUAUCUGCAUCCCGACCUUUGUGAUUAGCAUCGUGUAUAUGAACCUCCUGUUGGACUCCAACGCCGGGAAGAGCUACCUGAUGGCGCCGCUGGUGUCGGGCAUUGGCCGGGGGCAGUUUGCGCUCUUGGCUCUGGCGACGCCCGUGUACUUUUGCGCCGCAGACGCAUUCCAUGCCAAGGCUAUUAAGGAGAUCCGCGCUUUAUGGCGGUGCGGAAGCUGCACACCGGUGCUUCAGCGCUUCUACCGCUUCGGUAGCAUGAAUACGCUUAUGUCACUGGGAACCACCAUCGCCAACGCGGAUCUCUACUUCGACUUGGUUGUCUUCCUUACCUUCUUUAUCCUGCUGGGGCGCGUGAUUGAAUCUCUUAGUAAGGCAAGGGCUGGUGACGCUGUUGAGAUGCUGGGCAAGCUCUGCCCGACGACGGCGAUGCUCGUUGAACGGCUGAAUGACGGCGAGGAUGGGGACGAGAAGGUCUCCGUCGUCCAGGCUGACCUGCUCGACUUGGGCGACCUGGUCUGCGUGCUGCACGGCGGAUCCCCGCCCGGUGACGGCAUUCUUGUCCGCGGCGAUAGUACCUUUGACGAGUCCUUGCUUACUGGCGAGUCGCGGCCGGUGCGCAAACGGGCCCACGACUAUAUCUUCUCCGGUACGGUCAACAAGGGUGCCCCUGUGCUCGUCCGCAUUACUGGGGUUGCUGGCCGUUCGAUGCUGGACCAGAUUGUGGAUGCUGUGCGAGAAGGGCAGACGAAGCGCGCUCUGGUGGAGCAGAUUGCCGAUGUCAUGACAGCCUAUUUUGUACCGGCUAUUAUGCUGACAGCUAUCCUGACCUGGCUGACGUGGAUGUUGCUUGGCUGGGCUGGCUGUCUGCCUGUCGACUGGCUCGAUGUGACGUCUGGUGGCUGGGUGGCCUGGUUACUGCAGUUUGCCAUAGCUGUGUUUGUUGUUGCUUGCCUGUGCGGCCUGGCCCUCGCGGCUCCUACGGCGGUUUUUGUGGGUGGUGGCCUGGCCGCACGCUAUGGCAUCCUCGCCAAAGGGGGCGGCGAGGCGUUCGAGAAGGCCAGCAAGGUCGAUACUGUUAUGUUCGACAAGACGGGUAUGCUAACUCUCGGCGGUGAACCGAGCAUUACGGACGCGGAGUUCUACGUUGACGGCGACGAUGCUUGGAAGGCUACCCUGCUUGCGGCCGUCAAAGCCGUCGAGGAGAACAGCACCUAUCCCAUUGCUAAGGCUGUCGCUGUCUACAGUGCGUCGGAGGCUUCUGGCAGUGUGAUUAUUGACAAUCUUAACGAAAUCCCUGGUAAAGGUAUGGUAGCAACCUGCUUGAGUUUAGCCGCCGCUCCCGACACCCAGUUCGAGGUUCUUGUCGGCAGCGAGGCUCUCCUGGCAGAUUUCAGCGUAGACAUUCCGCAGGCCGUCAGCACAAUACUGGAGAGGUGGAAAACGGAGGCAAAAUCCAUUGCCCUGGUCGCCUACAAGAGAAUGCCCUCUCCGGGGACUAGUGACCCUCUGAAUCACCCAACACCGCACGUGCUCGCUGCCGCCUUUGCCAUCUCCGACCCGAUCCGCCCCGAGGCGCCCGCCGUCGUGCGUGCGCUGCACGCGCGGGGCGUGGCCGUGUGGCUCCUGUCCGGAGACAACGUACUGACGGCGUCGGCCGUCGCGGCUCGCGUGGGCAUCCGGGCUGAUCGCGUCGUCGCCGGCAUGCUGCCGACACAAAAGGCGGCGGCGCUGGAACGGCUCCGCCGAGGAACCGAGGCCGGGGGUGGGUCCGGGGCGCCGCGCCGCGUCCCUGUCAUUGCCAUGGUGGGCGACGGAGUCAACGACGCGCCCGCGCUGACGGCUGCCGACGUGGGCGUGGCUAUGGAGUCCGGCGCCGACGUGGCGCUAGGCGCCGCCGACUUUGUGCUGCUGCUCGCGGACCUGCGCGGCGUGCUCAACCUCCUGGGCCUCUCGCGCGCCAUCCUGGGACGCAUCAAGGUCAACUUCGCCUGGGCCGUCGUGUACAACAUCGCCAUCCCAAUCGCCGCCGGAUGCUUGUACCCCAUUGCAAACAAUGGUCAACACGUGCGCCUCGACCCCGUCUGGGCCAGCCUGGCUAUGGCGCUGAGCAGCAUCUCGGUCGUGACUAGCUCACUGGCGCUGAGGAGCCCGAUCCCAGGGCUGGGCUUUCGAGUCAAGCAGAUUACGGAUGAGAUUGCGGACAUGGCUUGA